AUUGAGUGUUACGAUUGAAUAAUGCAUUGAAUGCAUUGUCGCUGUAUUUCAAUAGCUAUUGAAAGCUUGAAAAACAAUAAUUAAAGUAAUAAUUUGUUUUAAUUAAUUUGUUUAGUGACCAGAGUUUCGGUAAACACCGCACGCGAUCCGAGACAGACAAUGCCAAUGAAUAAUUAUCACAUGAAUAAUGUUGAACCGAUGGUGUUGGACAUCAAUAUGGAUGAUGACAACGACGGCAACGGCGGCGACAGUCAAGUGGUCAACAAUGGGGCCAAUGAUAACAAUAUCGGCAAUUAUUUGGUCGAAAAUCCGACAAUCGAUCUCGAGGUGUACUGUAGUGCCUUCAUAGGGUUGGCCAGAAUAAAUCGGUUGUUGUUUAUCGCCGAUCAUUGCAUACCAUUGCGUACCGAAGCCCUCAAAAUGGCUAUGAAUUAUGUUAAAGACAAUACUUAUAAUGUUAACAUUUAUACACAAAUCUACCGAAAAUUGGCGGACACUUUGGCGAUGAAUGGCACUAAUGUUGAGACGUCUAUCGGUCCGUUAGAUACUAAUUGGAUUGAAACAAAAACUAAGAAAGCGGCGCUCAAACUGGAGAAGUUGGACACCGAUCUCAAGAACUAUAAGUCAAACUCAAUUAAGGAGAGUAUAAGGCGUGGACACGACGACUUGGGUGACCACUAUCUUGAUUGCGGUGAUCUCUCGAAUGCACUCAAAUGUUAUUCACGGUCUAGAGAUUACUGUACGAGUGGUAAACAUGUUCUCAAUAUGUGUCUAAAUGUCAUCAAAGUUAGCAUAUAUUUACAAAACUGGUCGCAUGUGUUGACUUACGUGACCAAAGCUGAGGGAACGCCCGAAUACAAUACAACCAGUAGUAUUGCCACUCGACUGCACUGUGCGGCCGGACUGAGCGAUUUGGCCUCGAAGAAGUAUAAGAGUGCCGCCAAACACUUUUUGGCCGCUAAUUUUGAUCACUUGAGUGCUGAAUACGGAGAAAUGGUUUCGGCUAACAAUGUGGCCAUUUAUGGCGGACUCUGUGCUUUGGCCACAUUUGACAGAAUGGAAUUACAAAAGAAUAUUAUAUCAAACUCAGCAUUUAAAUUGUUUCUUGAAUUAGAGCCACAACUAAGAGACGCCAUCACUAAAUUUCAUGACUCUAAAUAUGCCUCUUCGCUGUCAAUUCUUGACGAACUCAAAGACAAUCUACUUCUUGAUCUAUAUUUGGCACAACACGUGCACACACUUUACUCACACAUUAGAAAUCGCGCUUUAGUUCAAUAUUUUUCUCCCUAUUUGUCGGCCGAUAUGAACAAAAUGUCUGUCUCUUUCAAUACAACUGUUCCCUCUCUUGAGGACGAACUCAUGCAUCUUAUACUUGAAGGACAAAUACAGGCCCGAAUUGAUUCCCACAACAAAAUUCUUUAUGCAAAAGACGUGGACCAGAGGACUGUGACAUUUGAGAGAGCACUGGAAAUGGGCCGCGAAUGGCAACGAAGGACUAAAUCGUUGAUUUUGAGGUCGGCUAUGCUUAAGAACGGUUUGAUUCAAGUGAAGUGCUCUCAGCCCUCCCGAGGCGAUGACAAUACACCCACUGGUUCAUCAAACUCGGCUUCCGGUUCUAGUUUAGCGAUGGGCUCUCAAAAGUAAUUUAUCAGAAAAUUUCUAGUGAUUUGUAAAACAAUUGAUUUAUAUAAUAUUUGGUCAUAAAUUGGCUUUAAAUUUGUUUGUAGACAAAAAUGUCAAAUUUGUUUAAUUUAUUUUUAAGACAAAUUUUUGGUAUUUAAUUAACAUAAUUUAUUUGAUAAUAGAUAUUUGUUUUACUAUUAGUGACAAUUUCUAAGUUGAUUAUAAAUACUGAUACACCUAUUUUGAUAAUUACCAUUAAUUUUUUGAAUUGAACUCUUUUUUGUUUAGCAUAUAGUUUUGGAUAUUGUUUUUUUUUUUUAAUUUGCAUGUUAUACAUGCUUAGCUUAAUUAACUAAGUUUCAAAUAAAUAAUUUAAUUGAUAUGAGU